AUUUCCGCUCCUAAUUUUCAAUUUGCGCUCAACAAUCUUCGUUCGUUCUCUUGAGUACUUUAUUUUCACGCUCAAACUUCCCCUUCCACUCACUCACGCUCACGAACCUUUAGGAUCAAAACUCGAAAGCGCGCAUAAUAAGUGCUCCUUUAGAGAGGGGUCGAAAGCGCGCUAGUUUUCCCGAUGUCGCGAAAAGCCCCAAACCAGAAGCUGGUGAAACCAAACGAACCCUCAGACCACCAGCGAAAUCCGAUUCCGAUUCGCAAGUCCGAUACCGAAACCAUGGAUUCCUCACUCAACUCUGCUGCAGCCGCUUCUGGCGGCGGCAACGGUGCGAUCAACCCUCAAACCAACGACGCCUCAGCCACGGCGGCGGCGGCGGAACCGAAAUCAGACGAUCCGAAGCAAAACCUGAACCAAGUGAUAAACUCGAUCCAUAAGACGUUGGGACUCAUUCACCAGCUCUCCCUCACCGUCUCUUCUUUCAACGUCGCCUCCCAGCUCCCCCUCCUCCAACGCCUGAAUUCUCUUGUUUUAGAGCUGGACAACAUGACUAAAAUGGCAGAGAAGUGCAACAUCCAAGUCCCCAUGCAGGUCGUCAAUUUAAUUGAUGAUGGGAAAAACCCGGAUGAGUUCACGAAGGAUGUGUUGAAUGAAUGCAUUGCCAAAAAUCAGAUAACUAAAGGAAAAGCUGAUGCCUUUAAGGGUCUACGAAGGCAUCUUCUUGAGGAACUUGAACAGGCAUUUCCGGAUGAAGUGGAAUCUUACAGGGAGAUACGAGCUACUUCUGCUGCUGAAUUGAAGCGGCUUGCACAAGCACAGAGCAUGUUACCAAAUGGAGACGUGAAAGUCAAACCCGAGCUUUGAGAGCCCGUUUUUGUUGAUGAAUCAGGAUACUCAACUCUACCUAAUUGGUUGCAUUCCAUGUCUGUAAUCUCAAUGUAGGUGGAAAGAGAUGUAUGCACUCGCAGUGGUUUACAAGGCCAUUUAUGCUACUCGGCAGUCGUUACUUAAGUGAACAACAGUCCCUUUUAUUUUC